UUCCGGUUCCACAUUGGGACCCGAAUCCGAUGCAUAAGUGGCAACGAUCCAUGAGAACGACCUUCUCCGGUCGGGUCUUGGACGUGGACUCGGAUGCAGCUCAUUCCAUUUACCCCCGACGCCGUACACGAAUCUCAAGAGGGUGCUCGCGGAGAGAUCCAGACCGUGAGCCGCACCCCUAAUAAACACGCCAUGCAUCGGAGGAGGCAAAAAUUGGUGAGAGUAUGCCCAAUAAGAAGGUGCACACGGUCCCCUUCGCUCUAGAUCCCAAUCUCAGCAUUAACGUCACCGCAUCGCCGAUUAUGCUUGCAUGCCAUAUUAGGGACAGCAACAGCAGCACAUGCUCUAUGUCCGUCGACGGCUGUCUUUCUUUCUUUCCACGGAGC